AUGUCGAAGGGCGACAGCGAACAACAGAACGGCUCCGGCGAGGAGUCCAAGACCAACCUCAUCAUCAACUAUCUCCCGCAAAGCAUGACGCAGGAGGAGAUACGGAGCCUGUUCUCGAGCAUCGGAGAAGUGGAGUCGUGCAAGUUGAUCAGGAAUAAAGGUGCAGCGUUCCCUGACGCGCUCAAUCAUGCUUUACACGGUGGCGGCCAGAGCUUGGGCUAUGCAUUUGUCAACUACCAUCGCCCUGAAGACGCUGAGAAGGCUAUCGCGACACUGAACGGACUCCGCCUGCAGAACAAAACGAUCAAGGUAUCCUACGCCCGACCGAGUAGCGAAGCUAUCAAAGGUGCGAAUUUAUACGUCUCCGGGCUUCCUAAGACCAUGACACAAGCGGAACUCGAGCGGCUGUUCAGUCCGUACGGACGUAUCAUCACAUCGCGUAUACUUUGCGAGAACUCUGGCGGCAGGCCUUUCACCGGCGGCGAGCAGGGCCUAUCAAAAGGCGUCGGAUUCAUACGUUUCGACCAACGGGUGGAGGCGGAGCGUGCUAUACAGGAGCUGAACGGCACAGUACCCAAAGGAGCGACGGAGCCAAUCACUGUGAAGUUCGCGAACAAUCCGAGCAACAACGGGAAGGCGUUGGCACCUCUGGCUGCUUACCUGCCCGCUGCGCUGCGCUUCCCCGCGCCACUGGGCCGCUUCAGUUCAGGCAAGUCCCUCCUAGCUAUCAAUAAGGGUCUGCAGCGCUACAGCCCGCUGGCUGGCGAGCUGUUAGGCGGCGUGUUACCAGGCGCCGUCGGCUCCGAGUGGUGCAUCUUCGUCUACAACCUCGCUCCCGAGACCGAAGAGAACGUUCUCUGGCAGCUCUUCGGCCCAUUCGGCGCCGUGCAAAGCGUCAAGGUGAUCAGGGACCUCCAGACCAACAAGUGCAAGGGCUACGGGUUCAUCACGAUGACGAACUACGACGAGGCUGUCGUCGCGAUACAGUCCCUGAACGGUUACACACUCGGGAAUAGAGUGCUGCAAGUCAGCUUCAAGACCAACAAGAUCAAGACGAUCUAA